ACAAAUACCAGUAAAAUUUUGAUCAGUCAUGGAACCACCUAACGAUGCUACGCCGGUGGAAACUUAUGGUGGAGUGCUAGUUGACGGUAGAGGUCCUGCCGACCUUCAGCCACAUCCGCCAUAUAAUAUUCAUAUGAAUCUCAGCCAUGGCGGAAGGUAUGUACGAUACAACUUUUCCGGCAAUAUCUUCGAAGUCACGGCAAAGUACAGCCCACUGAUCAUGCUUCUUGGCGGAGGCGCUUCUCGCAUCGUUUGUUCGGCUAUGAACUCGGAGACCAAUGAGAAGGUAGCGAUAAAGAAAAUCAUGCAUGCAAGUAGAGACCAAAUCACUGCAAAGAGAACUCUCCGCCAAAUCAAGCUUCUUCGUCACUUCGAGCAUGAAAACAUUGUUGGAAUCAAAGACAUAGUAUUACCUCCUCAGAGAGAUGCUUUUGAAGAUGUUUACAUUGCUUAUGAAUUGAUGGAUACUAACCUUGAGAAAAUCAUAAAUUCCAAUCUAGAACUAACCAAACAUCAUCACCAGUAUGUCAUGUAUGAUAUCCUGCGCGCAUUAAAGUACAUUCAUUCAGCCAAUGUGUUACAUGGAGAUUUAAAACCGAGCAGUAUCCUCUUGAAUGUAAACGGUCAACUAAAGAUAUGUGAUUUCGGGUGUGCUCGUGCUGCUUCGGAGCCAAUGACUGAGUAUGUCGGCACAAGAUGGUACCAUGCACCAGAGCUUCUGUUGGACCCUUCUGCUUCUACAUCAGCUAUAGAUAUUUGGUCUGCGGGAUGUAUUUUCUUGGAGAUGCUGACUCGCAAACCGCUCUUCUCAGGAAGAGACUGUGUUGAUCAGCUUCGUUUGAUUCUGGAGUUGAUAGGCUCUCCAACAGAGGAUGACAUUGGAUCGUUGAGUGAAAGUGCUAAGCAGUACUUAAGGAUGACUCGCUGGUUCCGUCCCCAAUCUUUCUUUGUAAAGUUCCCAAAUGUUCCUUACUUAGCUGUUCUGCUGUUGGAGAAAAUGCUCAAGUUUGACCCUAGAAAGAGAAUCUCAGUUGAGGAUGCACUUGCUGAACCGUAUUUCAAAAAUAUUCACAACAUUAACAAUGAACCAGUGUGCACAAAGCUCUUUGCCUUGGAUCUAGAGGAGCAUCCACUCACAGUGGAGCAGAUUAAGGAGUUGAUCUACCAUGAGGCCCUAGCUUUCAACCCUGAACCAGCAACAGUUGAAAAAGACCAGUGACUUGGCUUGCAAGCAACUCGUAAAACAGUCAUCAAUGUGUCUUAUCAACUCUUAUCAUUUGUCCUUUUUUCAGUUUUCUUUCUGAGGCUUAGAGCCA